UGGUCGUUCAUGCGUGCAACUAUCAGUUUCAGGAAGUAUGGUUGCGAAACCUUGCAUAAUCGGGAAAGAGUACCACGGUCAUCUGAGCGCGUUCCGGGUGGACCCUUGCACGGAUUGCACGUGUAUGAACGGCACUGCGGUGUGCACGCGGCAUACGUGCCCGGUGCUGACGUGCGGUGCGCGCGCGCUGCCUCCUCAGCCGGGGAAAUGCUGCCCGGAGUGCCCGCAAGUGGAGGAGGCGAAAGCUGCUUGUAUCAUCGGAGGAAAAGUUUAUCAGGAUGGAGAAAUCUGGCAACUGGACGCAUGCAAGUCAUGCGAAUGCCACGGAGGUGAACCGCGCUGUGCCAUGGAACGGUGUCCGAGCAUCACGUGUCGCUCGGACCAGACGCUGCGCCAGCUGCCUGGCCAGUGCUGUCCGAAGUGCAUCGAUAUUGACGGCAUCUGCACUGUCUUCGGUGAUCCCCACUAUAAGACUUUCGACGGAAAGUUCUAUAGUUUUCAGGGGUCGUGCAAGUAUCAACUGGCUUCUGACUGCGUUAACAAUACCUUUUCAAUAAGGAUAUCGAAUGACGCCAGGAACACCUUACACUCAUCGUGGACCCGAACAGCGACACUUCGCAUUGGAUCCACCAAAAUCAACAUGGGAAAGAAAAUGCGAAUAAAAGUGAACGGCAAAAGGGUUACCCUGCCUCACAAGGAGAGAGGUGUCGCCGAGAUCACGCGAAGUAAUGGUUCAGUGUUGUUGAAAGCGGAGAUAGGAGUGCAGAUGUUGUGGGACGGUGAGGGUUUCCUAGAAGUGACUGUGUCGAGUGUUUACAAAGGAAAGUUGUGCGGCUUGUGCGGUAAUUUCAAUUCGGUCGCGAGAGACGAUAUGAGAACCCGCGAUGGAAAGCUGUUGAACGAUACGUGGCGCUUCGGGACGUCGUGGCGCGUGGGUGGGAAGCGGGCGUGUACUCGCCAGCAGGAGCGGCCGGGAAUGGCGUCUCGGUGUCGGCAGUCGAAGAUAUUGAAGGCUCGCCGAUUGUGUCGGGGCUUUUUGCGAUACGAUGCGUUUUCGGAGUGUGGUGCGAAAGUGAACCCGCGUAAUUAUCGGGAGGCUUGUGAGUUGGAUGCUUGUGGAUGCGCGGGGACAAGGUGUCACUGUGCGGCUUAUAGGGCGUAUGCUCGGGAGUGUACUCGGGUAGGGGCGGAGCCCGUGGGCUGGGCGCGGGCGGCGUGGUGCGACGGCGUGUCGCCGCCGUGGCUGAGCCGGCGCAAGAGCUUCCGCCCCAGCAAACCGAAGGGCACCGACCUCCUGGACUUCAGCUCGAUCCCUAAACUGAACAACAGCAGGAGCCGACCACCGCCUCCGAUACUACACUGAGCUGUGUAGUUUCACCUUACUAGUCAAAUCUGCCAGUGUGGCCAUUGUGAGAGUAUUACAAGGAUGCAUUAAAACUGGAUUGCUGCAUCCAGAAAAGAGACCAGUUUUACCCGGAAUGAAGAUCUAACAAAUAAACAGUAUUCAUAAAACUACUUAGUUAGGAAAAAUUACGUAAUAAUUAUAAAUAGGACCACCUUAUUGCCUCGCGGAAUCCAACCGGCGUUUUUAUAAUCUUUAUCGACCUUCUAAAAGUAUCCAAAGAAUUUUAUGCAUUCCUACUUAUCGAUGUGUACUUAUGUUACUUUCAGAAGGAUUGUACUGUUGCACAAAUCAUGCCAUAUUUCUCAGCUGUGUAUAAAUACUUAUAACGUGUCCAUUUUGUACCUACCGUAUGUUCUCUCUAAUAGCUGGUUGUAGCGUAUGUCAGGCAAAUAGCUUCGAAUGAUAGAGAAAUUAAUUUAUUUCAUCUUUAAGCUAAACGUUUCUGUAAAAUGUGAUAAUUAGCUUUGAAUACUAUUUCAGACAGGAGAAGGACGUUUGGUAAACAUAGUUCAAAUUGAGAUCUCAUCCGUAGGUAGUUCUUUACGAAAACUUAGAUAAAGCUAGCUAUCCAAGCCAAGAUGCUAACAAGAACGUGGAAAUUCUGAAUGUACAUACAUGAAUACGAUGUAGCAGAUCAAAUUGUUGUAGAUGUAAUUUUAAUUGAAGACUCGUAAUGCUUAGUUGUUAAAUACGUUACCAAUGAAUUUUACUUUUGACUUCGAGAUAUGUUAAAGUAAUUAUUAGCUAGGAGUUAACUUCCCGCAUGGCGUCAUGUAUUUAUUUAUUUCGAAACGAGUCGCCAUUGUGUGUCAUAUUGUCUGCAAACGUGCUAAGUGCCAUGUAGAAGCGACUUCAUUGACAAAAUUGUGAUAUUGUCUAUGCUUCUGCUGUGUCAGACAGUGCCUGAUUGUAUUAAUUACAUAGUUAUUAUAAGAAUUAUCUAUUUAUUAUUAUAAGUACCUAUCUAUCUAUAUAUUUCGAUAUUCACGUAGCUAUCAUAAUAUUGUAUAUUCAGAUUAUUAAAUAUAUUAAUGUAUAACAUAUUUUAUGUAUAAGUACAAGGUGUAAGGGCAAUAAUUGGUUGUUGUGGUUAAAAUCUGGAAUUUUCCCAGUAUUUAUUAAUAAUCCCUAAAAUCCAUAUGGUUUUUUAUAAAUUAAUAUUUGAAUGACUUCUAAACAAAUUACCCUAUAUUUUGGGAAAAUUUAACUCAUAACUGUAUGUCAUUCUGGCAUUGCAGAUACAGUACGGAUGACGGUAAAUCAAGUAAUUAAUUUACCUACCUAACUACAUUUAAAGUACCAUCCUGCCCCAUACACCUUAUUUAUUAUUAAUAAGCUCUAUCUGUAUAGUUAAGUCAGUUAAGUCUAUGACAAAGCUUUAAUAUAUAUUAUUAUAAUUAUGUGUAUAAGUUCCACUUUAUUUGCUACAGUGAUUUCAGUUUCACCGAAAGUUAGAGAUGCACGUACUACACCACUACGUUUUAGAAAUAAUUAUAAGCUUCUAUUCCUAUAUUUUAAUUUAAGAACUACUUAUUUUUGUAUUAUUAUACAAGGCCUACGUUUUAUGUAGGCUUUUAAGUUAUUUGAGAGUUAUGUUUGGUAUAUUGAAUAAGUGUUAUUAAGUAAUGCAAAUUAUUUCAAUAAUUUUCAAUGUCAAUGCAAUUAAAUAUGUCGGUACUGUAAAAAGGUAUGGCGCUAUCGAUUUCAAUUUGAGGGCAAAUUGGAAUUGGAUGAAAAGGAGCCCUUUAUACAUGACAUGACUCGAAGAGUAAAUUAGUGUUAAACUUUAGUAUAAAGUGCCAUACCCAAUCCUGAUCUAAGUACCAAUUUGAUUAAUUGAUUUUAAUGUUUUUGAAGAAACAAAUGCUAUUUACAAAUUUUACUUUUUUAUUAUCAAAUGGGUCUCAGUGUUAAAAUGUUAAAGUCGAAAAUAGAAUGUAAGAUAAGAUUGUUUGUGUAUUGCUUUGUGUGCUAUGGUAAUGUAUCGGCCCAAAAUAUUUCGCAUUGCUAAAUUACUUGAAUAUGUGAGAUUGUUUUGCAGAACAAAGAAUUACAUAAUAAAUGAAAAUAUUAUUCACGA